AUGGCCUUUUUGCCAUCCGGGUACCCCGCUCUGGGCCUCGAUCCUUCAGCGACUCACGCCAUCUCCACGUCAUGGUGGAAUCUGGACCGUUCGUUGAACGCUCUGAUCGAGGGAAUCAACGGCCGGAUUAGCAGCAGAGCAUACAGCACGACAGAAGGCGACGGAAACAGCAAGAACGACGACACAAUCGGGGGAUUCGCGUGGAACGCGCAUGGGCGGAGGCGCAGAGUUGUGAAAUUCUGGCGGAAUGGGGAGAGGCGGAAGGAUCUGGCGGAGCUGUGCCGACGUGGCAUGGGACAAGUGACGCUUGAUUACGUCAGCGGGUGCCUGAAGGAAACUGCUGUGCCCCGGUUUCAAAGAGCCAUCAAGGAAGCAGCGAGUAUUGGGGAAGGGGGAGGGAGGGGAGGGAAUGGAGCAGGACGGGGGACAAAGAAGGGGGGUAAGCAGCACAGGCAGAAGGAAGCUGCCAGGAAAUUACUUUUAGCUUUGAACGAGCUCUGUGCCGUGAAGCACGCUUUCACGUUAGUGCUUGCUGACGUGGCAGCUGACGUGGCACGAUGCCAUGCCAAGUAUGGUGUUGAGGAUACGUGGGGUCAUCCGUGGGCUCAGGUAGGAGGGGCAGAGGAGGAGGAGGAGGAGGAGGAGGAGGAGGGGGAGGUGGGGCAAGAGGAGGGGAAGGAGGUGGGGGAAGCUGAGGGGGAGGAGGAGGAGAACGAAAAGGAAGAGAGUGGGGAGGACAGGGGAGCGGGAGAAGAGGAGGAGUGGGGAGGCGAAGAGGGAGGAGCGGUGGAGGAGUUGAGGGAGAGUAUGCAAGCCAUGCUGGUCAACGCCACACCCCCACAGCUCUACGACAUCUCAACACGCUACGCUAGCACAUUCUUCCCUGCUCGCACGCACGCACAUGCAUGCAUGGCAGGGCUGCUGCAAGAGUUCCUCUCGUCUCGCUUCAAGGAUGUUUCUGAGUGCAUGCGCCCAUUCUAUAGCGAGGAUGAUGACGAGGAGGAGGAAGAUGGGGAGGAAGAGGAUGAAGAGGACGACGAAGAGGAGGUGGAGGAAGGGGAGGGGGAGGAGGAGGAGGCAGAGGAUCUUGAGGAAUCAGCAGAAAAGCUACAUUCAACCCCAGUGGUAACAUCUGCGACCCCUGUAGUUGCCACGGCCACUGCAGGGGGGGAGAGGUACCACCAGCACCCAGGUGAAAGACUCACACCUUUACUGGACGCAGAGAAUCAGAACUUGCACGGAAGCUUCCCUGGGUUUGGGGAAGAGGAGGCGGGGAGCGAGGGCAAGGGGAGGGGACCGAGGAGACGACUGGAGGAUGAAAUGGCUGCGCUUGAAGCGAGGGGGAGAGGGGUAGUCGAGAGGGGAGCGGGAGAGGGAGAGGGAGACAGAGGUGAGGUGCGUGAAGCAGCGGGGGCAGUGAGCGGAGCGGAGCAGGAGACGCUUGCAGCGGUGCUAGAUGGCUUGCUGGGCACUGCGGGUGAAGGGGAGGAGGGUUGGGGCGGGGAGGACGCAGCUUACGGGGACGGCGGGGGCUCUGGAGAGGGGGAGAAUGCAGACUCGCCUGUGUGUUGGGCGGGGCGGUUGGAGGGGAGGAUGGGGCGGGCGUGGGUGUGGCGCGUGCAGCAGGUGAUGCGGGCUCUGGGGUUCUCAGGGCUGUCGUUCCUGUCUCAUGCCGUGCUGUCUGCUGUGCUGCUAGCCCGGCUUAAGGCGCAUGUGCAUGCAUCGGCAGGAGCCGUUUUCGACCGUCGGAUCCUCCUGCGCCUGCACCGGUGGCUGCAGGUCACUGCGCUGCCCUUCGUUACUAUCACCACCUGCACUGUCACCACUAAGGCCAGCACCACCGGUAUUAGCACCAGCAGAGGUGAUGCCUCUGCCAUCUCCAGCUGUAGUUCUCGCGUGUCAGAUCCGAUCUCAGCCGCACAUCUGCGGCAGUGGCACGCGUGGUUGCGCCACGUGGCAGGCAGGGAGCUGUGCGCUGUACGCACAGGGCAGCUAUUUGACAUCAUAGUCGACUACCCCGACUCCACCCCCGCCCUCCUCGACCUUAAAGACUGCCUCGAGAAUGGCGGUGCUGCUGCUGCUGCUGAUGCCACUGCUGCUAACGCUGGUUCCACCGCUGAUUUUGGUGGUGCUGCUGUUGUGGAGGGGUUUGGGACUGCCGCGUUUGCAGCCGCUGCUCCGCCUCUGAUUGCUCUCGUGGCCGCGCAAGGAGGGAGCAGUUUGAGGGGAGCCAUGGGAGGGGAGGGUGCCGGCCUGGGAAGGGAAGGUGGCAGUGGUGGUGGUGGCAUUGGUGGUGUGGGGAACGCUUACGGGAGGCUGGUUGCGUCGUUCCGAGCGGCGCUGGCCAAUCGGCUGCUGACAGCUGGCGCGUCGACAGCGGAUAUCUUGCAGCAGUACGUGUCGGCGAUACGGGCGCUGCGGCUGGUGGACCCGUCAGGGGUGGUGCUGGAGGCAGUCAGUGAGCCCAUUCGACAGUACCUGCGAGGGAGAAAGGACACCAUUCGCUGCAUCAUGACUCUGCUGACUCAGCAUCCUUCUGCAGCGCCAGGUGGCGCCAUUAAGGCCGCUGCUGACGUGGCAGAUGAUGUGGCAGGGGAGGCGGGGGACCCGGGUGACUUGUCACUACUGGAGGAGCUAAGCCGGGCGGCGGAAGGGGGCGAGGGGGAGAUGGGCGGCAGUGGGGAAGGGGAGGAGGAAGGGGCAGGAUUGGGGGAAGAUCUGUCUGCGGCUUAUGCUGCUGCUGAGCGCUGGCAGCCAGACCCGAUCGAUGCAGACCCCUGGCAGUCCUGGCAGCCAGUCCCUAUUGACGCUGACCCCUGGCAGUCGACAGGGCAGGCACAGAGGGCGAGGGACAUAGUGCGCGUGCUGGCAGGGGUCUGGCAGCCAGACCCCAUUGAUGCAGACCCCUGGCAGUCGUCAGGGCAAGCACAGAGGGCGAGGGACAUAGUGCGCGUGCUGGCGGGGGUGUUUGGGUCGCGGGAGGUGCUGCUGGGGGAGUAUCGAGGCAUGCUGGCGGAGCGGCUGGUGGGGCGCGCUGGGUACGACACUGACCGGGAUGUGCGCACCCUGGAACUGCUCAAGGUGCGUGGACAGGUGCUGCUGGGGGGGUAUCAAGGCAUGCUGGCGGAGAGGCUGGUGGGGCGCGCAGGGUACGACACUGAUAGGGACGUUCGCACUCUGGAGCUGCGCAAGCUCCGCUUUGGAGAAUCCAAUCUGCACGCGUGCGAGGUGAUGCUACGAGACAUGGCGGAUUCAAAGCGCAUCAACGGCAACGUGAAAGCGGCCAUGCGGAAGGCAAGGGAGGAGGCUCGGGACUUGGCAGAGGCGCGUUCCAAUAUUGCUCGCUCGAAAGCCAUCAUGAGGCGACGAGGCCUAUCAGUGGUGGGGACAGGGAGGGGAGCAGCAACGGCACAGAGAGAAAGCAGGGGCACAGGGGGAGGUGUAUCUGGAGCAGGUGUAUCUGGAUCGGGGGUAUCUGGGUCAGGCUCAUCUGCAUGGUCGCAGGCACACACACCCGAGCACCUGGUGGUGAGGGGCAUGGCAUCGUUCUCCACCCCUCCAGACCGACCUGGGAGAGGAGGAGAAGGGGGGGAGGGAGGGGGAGGGGGAGGGAUUGUGGGAGGGGGAGGGGCGUCGCAGUGGUUCACUCCAGACUCGUUUGCUUCUCCUCCUCCUCCUGCUGCAGCAGCACAGGCACCCCCUGGGGCACCUGCCCCUCCUCCCCGGGCAGCCCGCCCAAAUCUUCUGUCCCGCUGGGCCCGCCUCCGCCCGGACCUCCGCACACCGACUUUUUCCGGUGACCGUUCCGCAGAUCGCGGGCAGCCUGGAAAUUCUGCCCGAACCCCCGGCCAAUCAGGUGGCGGCAGCUCAGCAAUGGGGGGAAACAGGAGCGCUGGGAGAGGCGGGCAGGGGGGGUUAUGGGAUGUUAUGGAUGCAUUGGGAGGGGAGGGGAGUGGGGACGAGGAGGAUGAGGGGGAGAUUGAAGGAGGGGAGGAAGAGGAGGAGGCGAAGCCGGAGGAGAAAGAGGAGUUGCUAGAAGCAGAGAAUUUAGACGCCACGAUCGUCUCGGCACUGUUCUGGCCGGCUUUCCAGGAGGAAUCGGUGCGGUUACCAGCGCCUGUAACCAAGCUGAUGGAGGAGUAUUCAACCAAUUAUGCGACGCUGAAAGCGCCCCGUAAGCUGCAGUGGAAGGCGAACCUUGGGUGUGUUACAAUUGAGCUGGAGUUUGGUAACGGGCGGAGCACUCAGCAGUACACCGUAACGCCCGUUCAGGCGGCCAUUAUCCUGAAAUUCCAAACAGCCGGAGCAGGAGGGGGAGAUAAGUGUGGGGGAAGUGCAGAUGACGGUGCGGAAAACGGAGAAGUUAAUAAGGAGGACGAGACGAGGCCCCAAUGGGCGGCAUCUGAGCUGGCGGCAGCAGUGGGCCUGUCAGUGCCGGUGCUGCGUCGGCGAAUCACAUUCUGGGUGAAUCAGGGCGUGAUUGUCGAAUCGGUCGCGACCAAUCGGUCUCCUCCGGAACCUCUUUUCACAGCUGUAGAUUACCAAGUCGACCCUGCUUCUGCUGGUGCUGCUGGUGAUGCUGGUGGGGAUAGAGAUGGUGAUGCUGAUGCCGCCGCUGCUGCUGCUGCUGGUGAGGGUGCUGGGCUGGGUGGGUUGCGAGGGGAUGGAGAGGGGGAGGAUAUGGUAGCAGGCGGAGAGUUGCUAAUCGGAGAUGAGGACGAGGAGGAGGAGGGGGGAGGCAUGGUGGCAUCGUUGGAAGCGCAGAGGAAGCAGGAGAGUGCGGUGCAUGAGUCGUUCAUCACGGGCAUGCUCACCACGUUCGACGGCCUCCCUAUAGAGCGAAUCCACAACAUGCUCAAGAUGUUUGUGUCCGACCCGCCAUAUGAUCGCUCGCUGGCGCAGCUGCAUGCGUUUCUGGGGGUGCUGGUGGCGCAGGAGAAGCUGGAGCUCAGGGAUGGGCUGUACCGUAAGAAGAAGUAG